AUUCCCCUGUCGCCCGGUCUGGAUGUUGAGGGAAGCUCUGCCGGUCUUUUAGCCAAGUGUAGCAUCUGCAUUUUUAACAGUGCCAGCUGCCGUCAGGGUGGACAGUGCGUGGUAUCUUUAAACGUGGCAAAAGAAGGCAUUGGACAUACGAUAAAUAAGGAAGAUGGCGGCCAACGCGGCGACGAUGCGCGUCCUGAUCAAAGGCGGGAAGGUGGUGAACGACGACUUCACGCAGGAGGCGGACGUGUACAUCGAGAACGGCAUCAUCCAGCAGGUGGGGCGGGAGCUGAUGAUCCCGGGCGGGGCCAAGGUGAUUGACGCCACGGGCAAGCUGGUCAUCCCCGGCGGCAUCGACACCAGCACCCACCUGCAGGAGAGCUUCAUGAACGCCACCACCGUGGACGACUUCUACAGCGGCACCAAGGCUGCCCUGGCCGGUGGCACUACCAUGGUGAUCGGGCACGUCCUGCCGGAGAGGGACACGUCCCUGCUGGACGCGUACGAAAAGUGCCGGGCCAUCGCUGACCCCAAGACCUGCUGCGACUACGCCCUGCACGUGGGCGUCACCUGGUGGGGGCCCAAGGUGCGGGCGGAGAUGGAGACCCUGGUUCGGGAGCGGGGAGUGAACUCCUUCCAGAUGUUCAUGGCCUACAAGGACCUGCACAUGCUGCGGGACUGCGAGCUGUACCAGGCCUUCCAGACCUGCAAGGACAUCGGCGCCGUGGCGCGCGUCCACGCGGAGAACGGCGAGCUGGUGGCCGAGGGAGCCAAAGAAGCUUUGGAUCUGGGCAUCAGUGGUCCAGAGGGUAUUGAAAUAAGCAGACCUGAGGAGCUGGAGGCUGAGGCCACCCACCGCGCCAUCACUAUCGCCAACAGGGCCCACUGCCCGCUCUACCUGGUCAAUGUGUCCAGCAUGUCUGCAGGGGAUGUUGUGUCCUCGGCUAAGAUGCAGGGUAAGGUGGUGCACGCAGAGACCACCACGGCGCACGCGGUGCUGAACGGGCUGCACUACUACCACCAGGACUGGGCGCACGCCGCCGCCUACGUCACCGUGCCCCCGCUGCGCCUGGACCCCAACACGCCCAACUACCUGAUGAGCCUUCUGGGAAACGACACGCUGAACGUGGUGUCCUCGGACCACCGGCCCUUCACCACCAAGCAGAAGGCCAUGGGCAAGGAGGACUUCACCAAGAUCCCCCACGGCGUGCCGGGCAUCCAGGACCGCAUGAGCGUCAUGUGGGAGCGCGGCGUGGUCGGGGGCAAGAUGGAUGAGAACCGCUUCGUGGCAGUGACAAGCUCCAACGCCGCCAAGAUCUACAACCUGUACCCCAGGAAAGGGCGGAUCAUCCCGGGAGCGGACGCUGAUGUGGUGGUGUGGGACCCCGACGCAACCAGGACCAUCUCCGCGGCGACGCAGGUGCAGGGCGGCGACAUCAACCUCUACGAGACCCUGCGUUGCCAUGGCGUUCCCCUGGUAACCGUCAGCCGCGGGCGGGUGGUGUGCGAGAACGGGGUGUUCAUGUGCUCGGAGGGUUCCGGAAAGUUCUACCCGCUCAGGACCUUCCCCGACUUCCUGUACAAGAAGAUGGUCCAGAGAGAAAAGUGCCAAGCUCUGAAGGGUGUGGAGCGGGCCCCCUACGUUGGCGAUGUUGCCAUCGUGCACAACUCGGGCAAGAAGGAGGCGGGGCCUCCUGACGGGGACACGCCCACUCGACCCUGCACCCGACACGGGGGGAUGAGGGACCUGCACGAGUCCGGCUUCAGUCUGUCUGGUAACCAGGUAGACGAUCAUAUUCCAAAGAGGUCUUCAGCCAGGAUUCUGGCGCCCCCUGGUGGCCGGUCCAGCGGCAUCUGGUAACCACGGAAACCACUAUCACCGGGACCAAACAGAGUUUCGCAGCUGUGGUGUGCACACCGUGACCACACACACACACACACACACACACUACCGGGCCAGAACACUGAGAAAAAUCUGUCUUUAGUUUGUUUUAAAAUAAGAAAAAAUAAAAAGAAAAACCAAGCCGGAAAACUGCACUGAUUUUAAUAAGGCAAGUGAUUUAAUUUAGGAAAUCUGUUUUAACCGCAAAAAACCUACCACAACUACAAAUAAGAUAAAUAUUCGAAAGACCAAACAAAACAAAACAAAAAUAUAAUAAUAUUGCACUGUUUUGUAAUUGGAAGUGAACACUGCUCCUCGGUGCACAGUGACUGAUCCAAAUUGUGUAUGAUUUGGAAUGAUUGGGAAUGAAUCCUAAAAACGUGUGUAAGUGAAAAUGACACGAUCAUUUACAAGUGAUCUCUAUCCAUUGUGGAAAAAGAGUAUAUAUAUGUAACAUAUAUGUUCUCUUAGUUGUGGUUCUAAUAGGUUAUACAAUGGAAAGAUUCCGUUCACCAAUAUGGUUGUAAAACAAGUCCGAAAAUAAAUUGCGCCUGCAUUGGUCUUUUUUUUUUUUCACGAAAUGCCUGGCACAAGAGGACGUUUUGUUGAAUAUCUCUGAAUGACUAUAUAUAUAUAUAUAAUAUGUUUUUAAAAAAAAACAGUACAGUUUUUUUGGUUGGGUUGUUAAAAUCGGUGUUGACUGGAGUUAUUUAACAAUACUAGAAGUUGAAAAAUGCAUAGCGCUAAUAGAUGUAGAAUAGUCAUAAUUGCAAACGUGCUUUUUGUCAUCGUGUCUUCUCGUUGCCACGGAUACGUCUGAAAAAGUGAAAUCCUCCCAGUUUACAUCUGUGUGAUUGCUGCUUCCUGAGAUUUACCACCUUGGGAAGCUACAAUCUUCCUUCAAGCUUCGCACCCCGCUAACCUUUGUGUUCUUUUGUUUUGUUUUUUUGUUUAUGGUUGUUCUAGCUGCAGCAUCAGGCAGUUGGUUCUUGCCCUUUUUAAAAUAUGAUCCAUUACUUCCUGUUAUGACAUUUUAGGGCAUUGUACUUGUUGUGUAUCACCCAGUGGCACUUAUAAUUUCAAUUCCAAUUCUCUCUCUCUCUCUUUCUCUGAUCGUUUUUUGUUAUGUUUGUGAUGAAGCUUAAAUGUGGUGAUGAAGUCCAGCUGCUUCGAUAUGUAUCUCUUGACAUCUUUGGCUUUCUCCAGAAAGCGUGGGGAAGGGGGGAGGGGGGGAGGGAGGGUGGGGUCCUGGUUUCUUCACUGACUGCUUCUCAUCAAGGCGUUGUGUGGAACUCGAAAAAAAAAAAGAGUUUUGUCAAUGCGGGACUCUCACAUGUACAAGGUUUGGGGUUUUCCCUGAAGGGUGGGUUUUUAGGCCCUGGUAGGUGAGUUCCUUUUGGGGUCUUGCAAGAUAAGUUUGUCCUCAGUUCUUGCUAACCACAACAUAGGCUACAUCAGGAACAAGCCACACCAUCGUUUACCAACGUUAUUCACCGUUCCUCCGCUUGCCUUCUGAUCUGAUGCCAGUCGCACACGGUUACCACAUCAAAGAGUGCUAAAUGUCGCUGUAAGUCUUUAAAUUGUCACGCCAGAGACUCCGAUACUGGUUUUUUUUGUUUGUUUUUGUUUAUUUUUGUUUAUCCCUACGUGUGUUGGGAUAUAUCCAUCUUCAGGCCUCAAAAAACGUCUCAGCGAUUCGCAGAUUCACAUGAAAAACACGUUAAGCACGCGAGGAAGAAGAUCUAUUUCCAGUUGGGUUGAUAACCAUGUUUACAGACAGGCUCUUGAUGUCUUCAUCUGUCCUCUUCCCCCAUAAUGUGAAUUUCUGAGCGAUUUAUUUGUUUCAAAGCGGCUUCAGUGAUUUCCAUACACAGCAGUGUUAUGUCAGAGUGACUUGAUUGGGACUUUGUUUGUGCCUGAAAGUUGGGAAAAAAUAAAUUUUUUGUCGGAAUUCCGUGCAAAGGUCACCAUUUUUACGCCACUUUAAUUUAGUCAAAUAUUGAUUUUCUUCAGGUGAUACCAGUUGGAUUUGCUUCCACCGUCUUGUUUAUCUUUUGAACGGAAGACACCUUUAAGUACUGUAACUUCUUCUAAUCAAAUAACAUAAUCUUGUGUUGACUUUACAGCACACUGCAGACAUUAGUAUUAAAAAAAAAAAAAAAAAAACACAGACAAGAUAUUACCAAAUAUUUUACCAAAAUUAAAUCAGUCAAACAAAAUAAAAUCAAGGGUGUUUUAAUUUAUGAUUAAAAAUAAUUUUACCAUUAAAUGUAUAUCGUACACUUUUACUUUGUAUUUUGGUGACUUCCGCUAAUGGCUAAAAUUAUUAAAAGGAUUUGUGCAAAUAAAGAAUGUACAUUUUCUACAAUUUAUGAUUUGUGCAUGUUCUACGGAGUCCUGAAUAUUAGGGUUAUGAUAUGAAUAGCAACAUAUUAACGACAGAGGCUGUCUAUGUUCAUAAGGGGUCAAAGGGCACAAGGUCAAAGGUCACAGGUUCUGACACAGAAGGUUUCAGUGUAGUUUGUGGAAAAGCCGCUUUGACAUGCAGUAUUACAUCAACUAAAUACCUCCGACAAAGCUGGUGUAUUGGAUUGUUUUUUUUUUUUUUUUGUUUUGUUUUGGAAAGAUGGAUCAGUUAUUUUUCACCAAAAAAUGCCAUAACAAUAGUAAUGCUCAUAUGAUCUCACAAACAUCGUUAUCUCAGCACAUUGUUGAUAGCACUCUAAAUGCCAGUACGGACAUGCACGAUGGUAAGUGAAAGGAAAUCUGCUGGUGCUGCCUACACACACACACACACACACCGAAACACACACACACACACACAGAGUCAGUCCAGUUACUGCUAGGCAUCCAUUCUCUACGCUGUGUGUUCAGUGCUGAAAUCCACGCGUCUAAACACCACGCCGAGACUCCCUUUCAGUCAGAAGAUCACUGCCAAAGCCUGCGAUUGGUAAACACGGUCCAAAGAAAAGCAGAGAUAUCACCGAUAUCUCACACACUUGUUAGCAUUAGCACACAUCAGAGAAGCAGACUAGAGGCUGCCUUUUUUAAAUUCUGCUAAUAUAUGCAUUCUGUUUACAAUCGUUUGGGUGAAUACUGAGCCUGGUGCUGUGUUGUUGGGGUGCAGGCACUUACUGAACCAUUUUGGGGGCGACUAGGAUAAGGCUUUGGAGGAUGGGGGACACAUUGGCAGUGAGGCGAAAAGGAAAAACAAAAAGCACUUUUUUCCUUUCUUUUUCUUUUUGCAAACAGGUAGCAGUUUUGUGAGUGAGAGUCAGAUUUUGUGGUCCGGCACAAACCUUACCGGAUUUGGAAAUCCCUUUUUUUCGUUUAAUGGACAAAAAAAAAAAACUGGAACGUUGCUUAGAAACACAAAGAAACACAAAUUACGAGCUUCCUCUGGAGCACUGAUGCUCACAUACUCACACGUUACUGUUUGGGGGGGUGGGGGGGGGGGGGAGUUAUUGUAACUAGGUUACCUGAAAAGAAAACCUGUACAUAGUCAAAAUGGAUGGAGAGUGAAUGCCACUUGUUCCAGGCAAUUGGUGUUGCUCCUGCCUAUCUGGGGAAAAUAAAUAAAUUACUACGAAGCAUUGCGCUGACUGAGCUGCAUGGUUUCACAAGGAAAACAUAAUUUUAUGGUUAUUUUAAAUAGUUCUUUUUUUUAUCCAUUAGGUGUGUCAUUCUGAAAUAAAUAUGGUAUAUUUAUUCAUUUUUUUGUUUUUUGUUUAUUGAAUGGCAUAGUUCAUGAAAUUCUGUGCAAAUAUAGUUUCCAUUGUAACGGUCACAGUAGGAGAUGGCUUAACAGUGCAUGAGCACACAUUGUGUCUAAUCUGGUGCUGAAAGAUAUUAUUUUAUUUUUUUUUGUUACUAUUGGUUUGUUAUUUGUAUUGUUCUUUUUUUAUUUUCCAAAAAGGCACUUUGUGAAAAGGUCUGUGGUUGUAUGUGUCUGUAGAGACUUGUGUCGAAAGGUGAACUUUAAAGUGAUUGGCUCGUUUCUUAUCACAUGAAUGAGUGCAAAAUAAACCACGUAAAUUCUGAAAA